CACUACAGACAGUUUGCUGGUCCAAUUUUCAGUUCUAAGACCAUGUCGUGGUCCAGGGUGAUUUUACUUGUGUUCGUUGGGAUUAAUCUUGGUGGGUUGCCGUCUUGGGGUAUCGCCUGGUGGAUAAACGACUUGCUUAUCCCCGAGAUAUACGUGGAAAGAGGACAGACUUACUACUUCACUGUCUACGGCGGCAAUGAUAAGCUGAAUAGCCCGACGUACCACCCCCUCUACAUCACCAACAGCCCCGAAGGAGGUUUUGGCCAGAAGACAGUCGAGGAACAGAAGCAAGAGAGAGUCUUUGCCGGGAUCUCGUACUCUAAGAUGGGAAUGCCGGACGCGACUGCAGCCGGCGGUCUCUGCGAGUGGCGCCACGAAGGACUCGACGCCUGGGAAGACAGCAUCACCUUUGAGGAAUAUAAGGAGACCCUCUACAAAGACUGCGACGCUGAGCCCCCCGGUUCCCUUAUCUGGACGGUGACUGAGGACACCCCGGAUUUAGUGUACUAUCAGUGUUACACCCACCGCAACCUCGGCUGGAAAAUUCACGUGGUGGACAGUGGCUACAACCUCCGUCAAGAAGGCAUCAGCAGUGGCCCGACUUUGACUCCCCUGCACACACACCUAGCCACUCUCGCUGCGCUACUCCUGCCUGCCUUAAUGCUCCCACUUAGAUGAAACUGUUGACUUCAGUAGUAUUACCCUGUAAUAUCAUGCCCCAUCCAG